UUAUUGGUUAUACAUACAUAUAUUUGCUGGGAAUAGUAUCGUUUAUUGACCACCUUUUUUUUCCUUUCCCGAAGUUUUGAUUGUUUGUAGGCAGGAAUAGAGCAAAUUAGGAUGGAAGAAAGGAAAAAGUCUAACCAUUCUGGAAUAUAAACUUGGGAGGAAAAAAGGGGGCCCGUAAACGUUACUAUUACUAUUUUGCCUAUUAUUGCCUUUUUUUGUUGUGAUAAAUUAAUGAACGACAUUUAAUUUUUUCUUUUUCUAGUUGGUUUUUAAAAUCCAAUUUUAAUUUUUUAUAAUUUUUUGUUCUUUUUUUUUCAAUUUAGAUACCUAUAAAGUACUUCACCAUUGUUGUUGAAUGUCCAAAUGAUCGUUCCCCUUAUCUUUAUGGAAAACGUCCAGUUGUUUGUCAUUCAACAAGUAAUAAAAGAAUAUGCCCUACUGGAUUUGAAUGUACACCUUCACAAAAUGGUGGUGGACAAAGAUUGUGUUGUUCUACAAAGCUGGUCGGAACUAUUUUGAUUUUCUUUGGAUUCUGUUCAACCAUCGAUUCGUGGAGCUGGCUUGUCAUGCUGAUCCAGGCGAAAAUGAGUGGCAGGCUGCAAUUCGAGAAGUUAAGGAAGAGUCUGGAAUUGAUGCAAAUGAGAAGUUGACUCUUAUUAAGGAUUUUAAGCAUGAAAUGUUUUACUAUGUCAAUUCGGAAUUGAAGCGGGUUUGUGAAUUAAAACGGUUAACAAUUGGUUGAUUGGGUGGGAUCAGACCCUGUGGAAUUUUCCAUUUGUCUUGAAAAUCCGUUUUCCCUAUCAAUAUCGAGUACCGCUACCCUCUAUAGUUCUUCUGGUUAUUCCUCAUCAUUGGGCACCUAUCUUUGUAUGU